AUGUCCACAACUCAGCGAAGUGAGAGUAUGAAUGCUUUCUUCGACGGUUAUGUCCAUUCGAAAACCUCUCUGAAGCAGUUUGUGGAACAAUAUGAAAGAGCACUCAGAAGUAAGGUCGAAAAGGAGUUCCAAGCUGAUUUCAAGUCAUACCCACAAACUGUGGAGGAAAGUGUUAGCAGAGCAUACACAAGAGUUGCAAUGAAUUACGAUGGUCUAGUCAGUACCCCUGAACAGUUGAGGUAUGACAGUAUGUGUAAAGCUUUUGCGGAGGUAGCUGACCUUGCUGUAGAUGAUGAGUGUUGGACACGUGUCAUAUUGGACUGGAUAAAAGUACAAGCGAAUAAGCUGAAGUCUACAAAGUCGUGUAUUGCAAGUAAUAUCGUUUCUCAUUGUACUCCUUCACAAAUUGCUGCAACCAACAACAUAUUGGAUCCCAAUGUUGCAAAGAAAAAGGGGGCACCUAGUGACUUCGGAGAAAGAGCAAGUUCGACGACGAGCAAGGGGAAGAGGUCGAGACAAAGGCACAGUAAUACUGUGGAGGCUGCACCUGAAUUUGUAGCGUCGCAAGAACAAUAUUCAACGCAAACACCAUUCUCUUAUUCACAACUAUUGUUGGGCGAUGCCGAAAGCUUUGUCUGUACACAACCCUUGCCAACAUCGGAUGCACUCCCUCCAUUGCCAACAAGUGUUAUAUUCCGCCCACAAGGUCAUCCAUUUCCUUACUACUAUAUGCCUAUGACGCCACAAGAUGGUCCAACCUUAUAA